UACUCAGAAAAAUGUUUUAUUUGAAGCAAGUCACAUGCUUGAAACACUGCAAUUUUUUGUUCUGAGUUAACUGUAUUACUCAGUGGCUGCAGACCUUUGGGCUCAAUCACGCUGCUCCUGAAGCUAAUUUUGUUGCUUGGCCACUAAUUCCAAAGACUUUUAGAAAGUGCCAAAACCAAGAAGAAUCCAAACUUUGAUAACAGCUUUAGUAGUCUACUGGCGAUCCUGAAGACGUGCCACACAUUAUGAAUCAACCCCAUAAACCCAUUCUCCAGAAGGACUUAUUUUGGCUUGAGUGGAGGCUCCCUGUGAAGAGGUUCCUCAGAAACCAAGCCUUUUUCUACCCUGGAAUAUCUUGUUCCAUGACUUCCUCCUCGAAGGCUUUUGGGGCAUCUCUCUUGUUAAUGUGCCCACUUGUCUGGGAUAAACCUCUACAAAGAUUCAAGAGGCCGGAGGGCUGAGGGCCACGCUCUGUCAAGGUUUUUCGCCAAACCCUCUGCUUCUUUCCCGGGUUUUAUACCCUCUGCGAGUGGCAGCGGUCGGCCAGGCACUCGCAGCAGCUGGGCUGCAGGCUGCCUCCCGCCAUGACCACCUCGGUCCCCCCGAAGGGUGCCAUUUUGGGGGACGGCCGGGCCGAAGGGUGCCAUCUCGGGGGACGUCGACCCACCCCGUCCCCUCGCGUCUCCCCGCUCCCUCGGUGCGCGUCGAGGCACAACCGGGGGCCGCGCCCCGGCCGGAGCAGGCUGCCAUUAGCAUUCAGCCCCGCCGCCAUGCAGCGCUGCCAGCCGCCCUGCGCCGGCCGUGCCUGCACGCUGGCAACGCCGCCGUGCCGCCGGCUGCCGGGGGGGCAGCGGGGGAGGCAGGGGGAAGGUGCGGUGUCCUAGCGGCCCCGCAGCCGAGGCGCCCGCCCCGAACCGCGGCGCUUUCUUCGGGAGCCCCCCUCCCUCUCCCCGCCGCCGCAGGGGCCAGCAGGGGGAAGGAGAAGGGGGCGCUCCCUCGUCCCCCCCCCCAUUUUCAGCACAAGGGAGGGAGGGGGGGGGAGUUCAUCGGCACAAACAAGGAGCGCAGGACCCACUUCCUCCCCCCUCCCUUCCCUCGGCGAUAAAUCCAGCCGGGCUAUGCAUCGCGAUGGGGACGCGCUGCCGCCUUCCCCGCGCUGAAGCGGCGGCUGCUGCCGCUGCCGGGGGGGCCGCCAUCCCCUCGGCGGGGACACAGCAACCGCCGCGGGGGCUGCCCGGCCCCCAGCGAGGGAGCAGCCGCCGCUGAGGCCGCCAAGGGCCGGGGGGAGCCCGAGCCGCUGCGACACGGGAGGGAGGACGGGGCUCGGCGCGCAGGGAGGAGGCGCAGCGGGCAUGCGCCGGCCGAGCCGCUGACUGAAUCCUCAGGCGAGGUACCGAGGCAAAAAAAAAAAAAAAAAAAAAAAAAAGGAAAAAGAAAUAAAAAUAAUCCUAAAGGAAUGAGAGAGGGAAGAACGGAACGCGGCGGAGGAAAGCGAAAAGGGGUUUAAAAAAGGGAUAAAGCAGCGCUGGAGGAGCAGCUGUGGCAUGUGGGCACCGCCGGCACCAACAGAUAUUUUGAUGGCAUGACAAAUCAGAAAGAAGAGGAUGUACUGUAUGACUAGACACCAGAUCAGUUCUGUUUGUGGAUUACAUUUUCAGUAAGAUGUAUGGAUCUAUUUUUUCCUUGUUCUUAUAUAUAGAUCAUGAGACUUGACUGAGGCAAUAUACAUAUCAUCCAUCCAUCUAUGGCGAACUACAGCCAUGCAGCUGACAACAUUUUACAAAAUCUCUCUCCUUUAACAGCUUUUCUGAAACUGACUUCACUGGGUUUCAUAAUAGGAGUCAGUGUGGUGGGUAACCUUCUGAUCUCCAUUUUGCUAGUCAAAGAUAAGACCUUGCAUAGAGCUCCUUACUACUUCCUGUUGGAUCUUUGCUGCUCAGAUAUCCUCAGAUCUGCAAUUUGUUUCCCAUUUGUUUUCACCUCUGUAAAAAAUGGCUCUACUUGGACGUAUGGGACUCUUACUUGCAAAGUGAUUGCCUUUUUGGGGGUUUUGUCCUGCUUUCACACUGCUUUCAUGUUGUUCUGCAUAAGCGUCACCAGAUACUUAGCUAUUGCCCACCACCGUUUUUAUACGAAAAGGCUGACCUUCUGGACUUGUUUGGCCGUUAUCUGUAUGGUGUGGACCCUCUCUGUAGCCAUGGCUUUCCCCCCAGUUUUAGAUGUGGGCACCUACUCGUUCAUUAGGGAGGAAGACCAAUGCACUUUCCAGCAUCGUUCCUUCAGGGCUAAUGAUUCUUUGGGAUUUAUGCUUCUUCUUGCCCUCAUCCUCCUAGCCACACAGCUUGUCUACCUCAAGCUGAUAUUUUUUGUUCACGACCGCAGGAAAAUGAAGCCAGUCCAGUUUGUUGCAGCAGUGAGCCAGAACUGGACUUUCCAUGGUCCUGGAGCGAGCGGUCAAGCGGCUGCUAAUUGGCUGGCUGGAUUUGGAAGGGGUCCCACACCGCCAACCUUGUUGGGAAUCAGGCAAAACGCGAACACCACAGGCAGGAGAAGGCUACUGGUUUUAGACGAGUUCAAAAUGGAGAAGAGAAUCAGCAGAAUGUUCUACAUCAUGACAUUCCUCUUUCUGACCUUGUGGGGUCCCUAUUUGGUAGCCUGUUACUGGAGAGUUUUUGCAAGAGGGCCUGUAGUACCAGGGGGAUUUCUAACGGCCGCUGUCUGGAUGAGUUUUGCCCAAGCUGGAAUCAAUCCUUUUGUCUGCAUUUUCUCCAACAGGGAGCUGAGGCGCUGUUUCAGCACAACCCUUCUUUACUGCAGAAAAUCCAGGUUACCAAGGGAACCUUACUGUGUUAUAUGAGGGAGCAUCUGUAAAUCUUUAGCCUUGUGAAACACUACCAUUCUCUGCUAAGCAAUUGUGGCCUGUAGCCAUGUCUUGAGAAGAAAAUCAAGAAUGGGAUGUCAGCAGUUGUAAGGAUUUGGGCAACAUUCUGCAGUCUUUGCAAUAGCUCACCUCUAAUCCUAUUUUAAACCUAAACAUGUUCCUGCUGACCACUGCUGAAGGUUUGUAAUUAAGAACAAAGGACUGAACUACUGCCCUGAAUUCCUUUAUGUGGUUGAAAUCUAGAUUAUGAAAGUAGCAGGUGCUAAGUAUCAGUGCUAAAUGCUGUGUAUAUCACUACAUAAAAUAAGACCAUCAAAAAGAUUAGCAUUGGACAUCUUAAUAAAUUAAGUUGAUAUGAGGUUAAUGUGUUGAUAAAACUAAUUUUAGACAUCUGAAGACCUUUAAAACAUUUCAUACAAUUAUUGUUUUGCAAAGACUGAAAACUGGGGACUCAAGUACUGUAACUGAUUAAAGAUGUGCCAUGCAUUAUUGGAUUAUCACACAAAUCUGUUUGCCUUGUGAGUAAGUUUUGGGGAGCAUUCCAAAGCAGUAUUUUUGUUCGGAUUUAGACUUUUCUUUUUUUUUUUUUUUUUUCUUUUUUCUUUUUCCCAAAUAUAUUACUCUUUCUAAAUACCAUUUUCCUUAACGGUGAAAUUACUAACAUUUAACUGUAUUCUGUGGGUUUUGCUGAUUUGGUAUAAAGUUUAAUAGACUCUUAUUUAUAUUUUUUAAAAAGCUAGAUAUCAGUCUGUUAGGCAACGUUAAUGAUAAUAUCCAGUCAUAAUUGAACAGUUAUAAUUAUACAGAAUAAACACAUGUUGCCUUAAAGGGUUAUCUAGUAUCUUCCAUUUUGUUUAGCAUUGAAGCAAAUAAGCAAGGAAAAUUGAAUCAGUAACUCUGGUCAGUCAUUUGGGAGUGCAUGAGAGAUCACUUAGUCCUCUUUUUUCCUUUUUACUCCAAUGGUUCCCAAAAUCAGUAUGCACAUCACUGGGAUGAUAUGAUUUUUUUCUAGGUGUGCCGCCCUUUCUAGUUUGUUCUGAGAAACACAGGCAGUUGAUGUAUGUUUAUAUUUUAAGACAGCUGUCAUGGGGAGACCGCAGCCUUAGUAUGAUAUCUUGCACAAUUUGUGAAGCAUUUAUUCUACUGAAGGCACAGUCUUGUUUAUAUUUUCUGCACAUUUUGGUGUAUUGGUUGUUUUAAAUUAUUUAAGUUUUAACUUGUGAAAGCAUAUAAUAUGAUUUCUUAGUAUUUUAGAAAUACAUUAGAGUCUGUGAGUCUUUCCUUCUUUAAGAUACAGAUGUGUGGAUUUCAAUAUAAAGUUGCAUUUGCC